AUGACGCUGGCGGCGACGCCGGCCAUGGCGUGGUGGGACGGCGGUCACAUGCUGACGGCCGAGAUCGCGACGCAGCUCAUGACGACCGACGACGUUGCCGUGCUCCAGAGCGUCCUCCAAAAGUGGGACGACGACUUUCCCAACACGGGCGACGUCGCAACGGCCGUCAUUUGGCCCGACUUGCUCAAGUGCGCGUCGACGUCGGCCAUGUACUGUCCGUCGCCGCUCAUGCCGUCGGUCAAUUCGAUGGACAAUUGGCACUACGUCAACCUCCCUUUCUUCACGAACGGGUCCGACUACCACGGAGUCUCGCCUCGUGACAUCAACGGGCUCUUGAAAGCGUCGUUCGACGGCCUCGCCCUGGAUGUCAUGACCAAGACGCUCAAGACGUUUGCGACGACGCAGUCCACCUGGGCCGCGAAUUUUAUGCUGCGGUACUUUCUCCACGCGUUCACCGACAUUCACCAGCCGAUGCACACGGCGGCUGGAGUCUCGGACGCCCUCCCCAACGGCGACCUCGGCGGCAACAAGCGCAAAUUUGCCUCUCCGUGCAGCGCCAACAACCUCCACGCGAUCUGGGACAGCGCUGCGGGCGAGUACUCGACCAACUGGACACCUGAGAUGGUGCCGGGGUCGCCGGGCCGGGCGCUUUUGCGCUCGAACGCCACGCGCCUCCUUGCAACGUACGGCGGCAAUCUCUCGGCCGAUGCGGUCGACUACACAAUGUACAAGAACGUUCCGUACGCAGAGUUUACGAGUAUCAUGACCAAGGAUGUGUUUCCGCGCACGAUCGUCGACUCGUUUGUGCUUGCGAAAGCGGCUGCCUACGAAGGCUUGGACUUGACGUUCAACGCCAAGGGCUUUGUACCGUGCCCGUCGCCGGCGUAUCAGGCGCGCCUCGUCCGCGUCGUCGAAAAGCAGUUUGUCGUUGGUGGCUCGCGCCUCGCGGUCGUCCUGACGCAGCUCGCACGCCAAAUCAAAGCCUUGGGACUCGCGGCCAAGGACGGGUGCGGCGACCUCCACGAAUAA